AGGUAGGUUCGUUGAUAAAAGCUUUAUUCCUAAAUUUUGCUAACCGAUAAGCAUAGCUGGGGCAUUACCUAAGGGUCUAGAGUCUGGCAGCGCCUUUCUUUGCCUGGUUUGAUACUAUUUUAUUUUAUUUUAAAGAUGAUCAUCAUGUGUGCUAAUCAUCAUUACAAAAAAAAUAAAACUGCUUUCAGAAAAUCCAUGUAAAAAAACCCGUUGUUGAGGUAACAUUACGAAACUACACGCUCUAAAAGACAAAACCUAUAAAAAAAACUUUAUUUGGUACACAAAAGUGUUGAAUAAUAUUAUCAUUUCACGUUAGUUUAAAAAAUUGAAAAAAGGGAAAUUUUACCUACUAGCUCCGAUUAGUGUCGAACAAUGCUCGAUUGUAUUCGUCAAGGUUGCAUUAUCUUAUGUAAUGCUUUAUCUCUCACUAUAAUAUGCACACUCGGUCUAGUAUCAGCAACAACGCGAACACUCUGCUCAGUAUUAUUUUUGAUUUCAGACGGAAAGAGCAACGCCGUGUGUGAUCCAUAAUGAGUGAAGCAAGUUGGAAAACUGCCGAGUUCUUUAAGGACGCAAUAGUACGCGAUCUUUCCCUGGAGUGUACUGAUUCGUUUACAAUCACAUCAUUUGAAGUUGGCAAGGCGAAUGAAAAAACGGCAGGCUAUAUGUCCAACAUCUACCGGGUGUUAAUCGAGCUAAAGUUUGACAAAGGAACUGCGAAGCCGACAUCGCUGUCAUACAUUGUGAAGGAAAAAACAGACACAGCAUUCGGAAGUGGUCUGGUUGAAUUGCUGUCCGUUUUUCCCAAAGAGAGUGAAGUGUACGAGAAGCUAUUGCCCGCCCUUGAGCGUCUCGUGCAGCACGAAGAAGAAACGGUACGAUUUGGACCAAAAGUAUUGAAAACAACUACCAACCCUGACACGGUUAUUGUGCUGGAGGAUCUUUCGCGCAGUCAGUUUCGGAUGCGGGAGAAAAGUUUCGGUCUUUCUGUAACAGAUGUUAAAAGGAUACUUGAGAAAUUGGCCAAAUUUCAUGCCGCAUCGGUGCUGUAUGUGGAUAAAAAUGGAGCGUUUUCGGAUCUCUUUGCCGAGGGUGUAAUUUCGGAACGAACAAUUGACGCACUGUGCGGACACUACGAGUCGUUAUAUAGUGCCUUUGUACAAAGUUUGCGUGAUCGUAACAUGCCUGCCGAAUAUUUGCAGCCACUGAUCAAAUUUGAUGGACAAUUGCUGCGUGAAUGCUGUAAGGCACAGCAGGUGCAUCAUUCGGAGCUGAAAGUCUUAAACCAUGGCGAUCUGUGGCCCAACAAUGUUAUGUUCGGGACGGAUGAUCUACGGUUUUUGGAUUUUCAAACUGCAUCGUAUGGGUCGCCUGUAGUGGAUUUGUUGUUCUUGUUUGCCACAUCCGCUACGGAACUGAUGUGUGAUUCGUUGGAGGAGCUGUUGCAAUACUACCAUGAACAUUUGAUAAAAACAUUACAACAUAUGCAGUACUGUAAAUCGAUUCCAACGUACACGGAGUUGCUUGAUCAGAUGAGGCGUCGCAGUGUACUAUUGCUGCCGCCACUAUCGGAAGCAGUAGCAAUUACGAUGACUGGUUUGACGGAGCCAUCGGAUAUGGAAAUGAUAACAUCCGAGCAACCGGAAGGCGUUGCGCUACGGAAACUUGUGUACAACAAUCCGGCAUACGUCGCACUGAUUGAUCGGCUGCUUCCCAGGCUUUAUGAAUUACGGUUGUUGAAGUGAGCUACAAUUUCCUUUACACUUUUAGUAUUUGGAGGACGAAGGCGCGAGACCGUGAGCGGUUUCGGACACUCCUGAGGCAGGCCAAGACCGCAAAGCGGUUGUAGCGCCGGAUAAGAAGAAAUUGCACGAAGUAAAUACUCUGAGGAAGAAUACAUAUUAAGAUUAGGAUUUAAGUUAAUUUGAAGAGGCAAAUCAAACCAAUAGGCCCAAAAUCUUGAUGAAAGUCAACAACAACUAUCAUCGCCGUAAUAAGUCACAUACGUAGUGUUUGGUUUUGUUUAGUGUGUUUUUUUUUAUUAUUUUUUCUGUUUUUUGUUUCACUGAAUGGUUUUUGCUCUUUUUUCCUCUUUACAGACAAAAGAAAAAAAAGGUAAACGAUAACAUUUCAAUCGCCACGCCACUUCCGCGUGAAACUGCCGUCCACUGCAAUGCUCACUAACAAAUCGCUUCAUUUGCACCAUCACCACCGCCCAAAAGGUGCAUCACCCUAUAACGUGUAACAUGAUCUCGUGAUGCGCUACAGUGAUGCAGGGUUUUGACAUCUGCUUUUACCAUCCUAAUUGCAAUAAUCAUUUGCAAUUGCAAUAAUCAUCACCACAUAUGCAUGUGCCUUUCCUAGGUUCGAUUUUUCUUUGCGGACGCCGCUUAACGCAGAAGAAGACUGCGGGCGAUUGUACUUGUAGAUGGAAAACAAAUAAAAACAAAAAAAGAUUUAACAAUGUAUAAGCUUUUUCUCACGGUUUGUUGUAGGUUCUUUCUGUCGCGUUUUUUUUUUUUUGUUUUUUAUUU